UGUUUGACUGCAGUGAGUGUUUUUUACUUUCACUUUCACUUUGACUGAUGGUUGUGCAGCAGCAAGACAUCCAGCGGAUUUUGACAGAGUGACAUCAUGGCGACUGCAGCAGCAGUGACAGAUGAUCUGCAACCACUGAAACUGAGCAGCAGCUUACAAUGGCUGCCACCUUACAUGUCUGAGCUGAGGGUUGUUUUGCUGGGGAACAGCUGGUCUGAGAGGAGUUCAGUGGGGAACUUCAUACUGGGAGAGACUAAGUUCAACACUGAAGAAGAACCAGACUGCUUCCUGAGAGAAAGAGUGCAGUUGAAGGGGAAAGAAAUAGUUCUCAUCAACACUCCAGAUCUGCUGCAUCCCAACAUCUCUCAACACAAACUGACAGAACAUGUAGAAAACUGUUUGAGACUCUCUGAUCCUGGACCUCAUGUGUUCCUGCUGGUUCUACAGCCUGAAGACUUCACUGAGGAACACAAACUGAGACUACAAUCAAUCCUUGAACUCUUCAGUGAUCAAUCAUUUGAUCAUUCUCUGGUUCUGAUAUCAACACCCAGAGAGGAGAGUCCAGGUUUGAUAGAAAAAUACCUGGAACGUCCUCCAUUAAAAGACAUGAUCAGAAAAUGUAGAUACAGAUAUUUGAAGCUGAAGAACCUUGAACGUUCAGAGCUGUUAACACGCUUGGGUCAAAUUGUGAAGGAGAAUAAUGGAGAAUGUGUCAGCUGUGAUGUAUUUGAGGACCCAACAUCAACUUUACCAGGUCAUCAUCGAAGUCCAAAACAAAAGGAAACUCAGACUUUUAUCACAGAUGCUGUUAAAACUGCAGCAUCUGGACUCAGGAUUGUGCUCUUGGGAAAAAGUGAGGACAGACAGACAAAACUUGGGAAUUCCAUCAUUGAGAACCAAACUUUCCAUUACCAAAAACUGUCCUCAACUGCACGAUGUGUGAUGGCCAAUGGAGAGUGGAGAGGAAAACCAUUAAUAGUAGUGAAAACUCCAAACAUCUUCAGUCUGUCUGUGGAGACCGUGAGAAGAGAGAUGAAGAACUGUGUGACUCUGUGUCCUCCUGGACCAAAUGUUCUUCUGCUGUUAGUGAAACCUUCUGAUUUCACUGAGGAGAACAGACAAACACUGAAGUUCAUCCUGAGUUUGUUUGGUCAAGAUGCUUUAAAAUAUUCAAUGGUCAUCAUGACACAUGACGAGGAUAAAAGUAAUACUGUUAAUGAAAUCCUUAUAGACUGUGGAGGAAGACACUACAACAUGGUUGAAAACAACCACACAUUGUUAAUGGAGAAUGUUGAGAACAUUGUGCAUGAAAACAAAGGAACCUUCCUCACCUUCACUGAAGAGACCAUAAGACCAAAGUCUGAACCCAUCAAACCAGCUUUAAACCUGGUUCUGUGUGGGAGGAGAGGAGCAGGGAAGACUUCAGCAGCCGAGGCCAUUUUAGGUCAGACAGAGUUUCAUUCAGUCUCCAACUCAUCAGAGUGUGUUAAACAUCAGGGAGAGGUGUGUGGACGUUGGGUUUCCCUGGUGGAGCUGCCUGCCUUGUAUGGAGAACCUCAGGAGGCAGUGAUGGAGGAAUCACUCAGGAGUAUCUCCCUCUGUGAUCCUGAGGGCGUCCAUGCCUUCAUCCUGGUCCUACCUGUGGGUCCCCUCACUGAUGAAGACAAGGGAGAGUUAGAGACCAUCCAGAACACAUUCCACUCUCUAGUCAAUGACUUCACCAUCAUUCUGUUCACUGUGGACUCAGAUCCUACAGCUCCAGCUGUUGUUAACUUUGUGAAAGAAAACAGAGACAUUCAGAAGCUCCUUCAGAGCUGUGGAGGAAGAUAUGUUGUUCUCAACAUCAAGGACAAGCAGCAGAUCCCAGAACUGUUGGACAUGGUGGAAAAAAUAAGACUGAGACUCUUCAAAGAUAAACCACACUGCUACACAAUAGAAAAAUUUGCAUUUGCCCAAAUAGAAAAGAUCAUACAACAACAGAAAAACAUCACCACACUACAGACUGAACUGAAGGGGCUGAAAACAAAAAGCACAAUCAGCUGUGAUGAUGAGGAACGGAGUCCAGAGUGUCUCAGGAUUGUGCUGAUAGGGAAGACUGGCUGUGGAAAGAGCUCUUCAGGAAACACCAUUCUAGGAAGAAAAGGAUUUAAAGCCAAAUCAGCCCAAACAUCAGUCACUAAACGUUGUCAGAAAGAACAGAGUGAAGUUGAUGGUCGUCAGGUGGUUGUGGUCGACACUCCUGGUCUGUUUGACAAUAGUUUGUCUCAUGAAGAGGUUCAUGAGGAGAUGGUGAAAUGCAUCAGUCUUCUGGCUCCAGGACCACAUGUCUUCCUGUUGGUGUUACACAUUGGCAGAUUAACACCAGAGGAGAAGGAGACAUUAAAACUUAUCAAGGAAGGAUUUGGGAAGAAUUUUGAAAAGUUUACCAUCAUUCUUUUAACUGGAGGAGAUUCACUGGAACAUGAGGAGAUAUCCAUUGAAGAAUACAUUGAAAAGAAGUGUGAUGAUUCCUUUAAGAAGCUGAUCUCUGACUGUGGAGGAAGAUACCAUGUGUUUAAUAACUAUGAGAAUGACAAACAACCACAGGUCAGUGAGCUGAUAACCAAGAUUGACACCAUGGUGAAGGAAAAUGGAGGCAGCUGCUACACUAAUGAGCUGCUGCAAGAGGCUGAAGCAUCAAUAAAGAAAGAAAUGGAGAGAAUCCUGAAGGAGAAGGAGGAAGAGAUGAAGAGAGAGAGGGAGGAGCUUCAAAGAAAACAUGAGGAAGAAAUGGAAGAAAUGAAAAGACGAAUGGAAGAACAGAGAGCAGAAACUGAAAAAGAGAGAAAACUGAGAGAAAAACAACUUGAAGAAAAGGAGGAAAACAUCAGAAAGGAAUGUGAGGAGAGAAAGAAAGAACAGGAAAGGAGAGAAGAAGAAGACAGGAAGAGAAAACAACAGGAAGAAAUUCAACGACAGGAGUGGAAACAGAAAGUUGAAGCUUUGGAGGAAAAAAUAAAAUCAGAGUCAGAAUCAAAGAAAACCAUUGAUAGAAAGCUGGAGGAGAGCAGAGAAGAGAUGAGAAAAGAACGAGAGAACUGGGAGAAACAACAAGAAUGGUGGGAAAAACGAUAUCAAGAAAAUGAAAAGAAACGAAAGGAGGAAUAUACAAAACUUAGAAAGCUUCAAGAAGAAUACGAACAGGAAAGAGAAAACCAUGAAAAGAAAAGAAAGGAGGAGGAUCGAAUCAGAAGAGAACAAGAGGAAAAAGAGAAAAAAGACAUCGAGAAGAAGUAUAGGAAAAAACUGGAGAAUCUGAAGAAGACAUAUGAAGAAGAAGCCGGAGGGGACUACUUUACGUCAUGAAAUUCAAAUGGAAAAAACCCCCCACAUAUAAUACAAUGUAAAAAAUAUAUACAAUAAAGUGGAACAUGGUCCAGAUGGAUGCAAAAA